GCUCUGUGGAGUGGGAUGCGGAGGCGGAACUUCCACCAACCGGAAGCGGGCGCAUACGGAAGUGUGUCCCUGGCGUCCGGCCGUGGGGCCGCGCGAUUUGAGGCAUGGCUUUCCGGCAGGCGCUUCAGCUGGCGGCCUGCGGUGGGCAAGCCGCGCGGCGGCGGGGAUGCAGACACGCGCGCAACGGAGCGGUCGACCUGGACAGGAAUCUCGCGGCCCGGGCCCAGCGUCUGGGACUCCAACUGGGACAGGCGAGAGCCACUGUCUCUCAUUAACCUGAAGAAGAGGAAUGUGGAAUCUGGAGAAGAAGAACUGGCAUCCAGGCUGGACCACUAUAAGGCAAAGGCUACAAGACACAUAUUCCUCAUCCGGCAUUCCCAGUACCAUGUGGAUGGCUCCCUGGAAAAGGACCGCACCCUGACCCCAUUAGGUCGGGAACAGGCUGAACUUACAGGGCUCCGACUAGCAAGCCUGGGAUUAAAGUUUAAUAAAAUUGUCCAUUCCUCCAUGACCCGUGCUGUAGAGACCACAGACAUUAUUAGUAAACACCUGCCAGGUGUCUGCAGAGUCAGCACAGACCUGCUACGGGAAGGUGCCCCUAUUGAACCAGAUCCACCUGUCUCUCACUGGAAGCCAGAGGCUGUGCAGUAUUAUGAAGAUGGAGCCCGGAUUGAGGCUGCCUUCAGGAACUACAUCCACCGAGCUGAUGCCAAGCAGGAGGAAGACAGCUAUGAGAUCUUCAUAUGCCACGCCAAUGUUAUCCGCUAUAUUGUCUGCAGAGCACUGCAGUUUCCUCCGGAAGGUUGGCUCCGCCUGUCCCUCAACAAUGGGAGUAUCACCUACCUGGUAAUCCGACCCAACGGUCGUGUUGCACUCAGGACCCUUGGGGACACAGGAUUCAUGCCCCCAGACAAGAUUACCCGGUCCUGAGAUUGCCUGUAGGACUGCACCCUUUCCUCUGCUGGUGGCCUGGCUGCAGCCUUCCCUUCCUUGUCUUCCCUGUCUAGGCUAUGCUGUGGCUUCAUGUUGUCUCCAGGAAGAGGAUAGAUCAGUGUCACAUUUGGGUGCUUAUUUCUGGCCCAGGCUGCAGAAGGCAACUUAUGGGUUAGAUGGCCUUUUUAAAAGCUUUCUACCUUACCAUUACCACUAGCACAGCUCUACAAGGUGUAGAUGGGGACCUUCUGGGGCACAAGGCAGACAUAUCAUGGGGACUGAACCGGCCUGGCUGUGCUGUAUCAGGUGAUUGCAGUAGAUCAACUGAACAACCCUAAGCUCUGGCAGAAAACCUGUCAGGCAGUAUGGUGGUUGUUUUCAACUCAUUGUUUCAUAUAUUACAAUCUAGGAACUUUUGUUGCUUAAAUAUUUAUCAAAUAUUUUCCUUACAUGGGUUCUUUCUUUGAAAACACAAGAGAUCCUGUGUCUAUUGCAUCUGAAUGAACUGAAGGGCAAAUGGAUUGGCUUCCUAUAAGGUAGAUAUAAGCCAUGAAAGAAGUGGCAUUGCAGGAAGACUGUGGCUUAUAUAUGGCACAUACAUGACAGCCUUGUAAGAGAUUCUUUGGAGGCAAUGAAAUAGCCCACACUGACCAGAUGAGGUGCCAUAUGCUUGUAAUUCUAGCGCUUGAGAAGCAAAGGUAGGAUCAUGAGUUUCUCGCUAGGCUGAGCUAUGUAGAAAGAUCAAGUCUUAAAAACAAAAAUAUCUCAAAGUGACUUAGUUUGCUACUGUUUACUGUUAACCUUUGGGCUUGUAGGUUAAGCUACUUAGAAAUGAUGUGUUUGUUUACUUCAGAUAGUCAGAUAACUUAGGAAAAAACUGGUUUGUGUGUAUGUGGGUUUUUUUUUGUUGUUUAUUUUUGUUUUUUUGAGAAAGGAUCUUACUGUUGCCCAGGCUAGCCUCAAACUCAAGACCCUUAGUGGUCUUCUGAAUGUUGGGACUGUAGAUAUGCACUACCAUACUUGGCCCCCCAAAAAUCCUAAUACAGUUUCUAUGAAGUGGUUGUGAGCAUUUUCUGUAAUCAAUACAAUGAAUUGGAAUAUUUGACCCAUCUCUUUGUUCUCUUUAGAAACUAGUAUGUAAUAAAAUAUUACUUCUUUGUUGUUUGUUUUAAAGAAAAAAAUGUGGUAUAAUUAGAAGCCCUUUCUCAGUGUCUUCUAUCCCAGGUAUCUUGCUUGGAGGACUACCUCCCACACUGCUUCCUGUUCAAUACCGUCACUUGGAGGUAACCUUGACUACCCACAUUCCACUUUCUAGUAGUAGUUGAGGCAGGCAUGCCAGGCUGUUAACUUCUAAACACAAAGCUCAAAGUUCCUCACUUGACCUGAUGGGAAGGUAAAAAAAAAACAUUUCAGGGAGAUAAUGACUUGCUUGGGAUCAGUGCACUAAGAGUGUUUUCCACAUGAUACAGCCUCCGUAAAUUUUAGGAAUAAGCCUUAGCUCUGAGGUGAAGCCAGCUCCUUGUAUAUGAAAUGAGUUAUCUUUCUUGGAGGCUGACAGUCAUCUGCAAGGCAUAGUAAUCACUUAUAACACCAAUGAUCCUGAAAGCCGAUAGCCUGAUCCCUAGUCAGCUGUCCUAUCCCCUUGGAUCCCAAUUCUCAUCACCUGUCCAAAAAAAAAAAAAAAAAA